AUGCCCAAUUUGAAUGAGAAAACGACGAUCUUCGACGAAGUUGCUUCCGAAGAGUCAGAUGUUUUAUUUUACCAUCACCGCAAGGCAACAUUUAAAAAUUGGUGUUUCGACAAAUCUCGCUCGCCAUGUACAUCUGAAGCACUAGCCAGGGCGGGAUUUAUCUUCUCCGGAACUAGGAGUGAGCCAGCUACAGCGACGUGUGCCUUUUGCCUCAAGGAGAUGAUAUUUGAAGAGCAAGACGACCCAUGGGAGGAGCAUCAGUCACACACAAGAGAUUGUAGUUUUGUGGAACUGAAUAAACUUGAUGAGAAGACAUGGACAGUUCGCGACUUCAUUUUUUUAUUAGCUGGUCGGAUAGCUGCUCAGCAGAGGAAGAAAGUCGUUGAAGAAGCUGAGAACUUCCGUUAUGCCUCAGAAGAAAUUGUGCAAAUGGCUGAAAAGGCUUUACGCUCUAAAAAGUUCGUCGAGAUCCAUGGUUUCGUGGACGAGAAGACGCACUGCCCACUUCUACAGCCGAUUGUUGUAAAGGAACCGCCUCCUUAUGGACGUCGUCAAGGGUUCAGACCACGUAAUGUUGAGGACUUCGGCGACGGAGGAGCCUUUCCAGAAAUACAUGUAGCUCAGUUCCCGCUUGGGAUGGGUUUAGGGGAACGAAAAGGGAAGAGUGAAGGGCAGAUUGCACUGCAGUAUGAUGCUGAUGGGAAAUUAAGACACGACGCUAUUGCACGACUCGGACAUGAUAAAAAUAAGGUGGUUUACACAAAAUUGGCGGAUAUGCGCGCCAAAGCAUGGGAUGAGGAUGAUGAGGAUAUCCAACGGCCUGAUGAGGAAACGAUAGCCGAGCAAACCAGAGAAGACCCGAUUAGCAUUGGAAAAAAUAACGGAAAGCAAGGUUCACAACAGCGAAUCAUUCGGAUGGUGGAAGAGCAGAAGGAUCCUAUGGAGCCUCCGAAAUUCAGAAUAAACCAGAAAAUUCCCCGAGCUCCUCCUUCACCUCCAGCUCCAGUGAUGCAUAGUCCUCCCCGAAAGACCCAUAUCAACGAAGGCUUCGCAAAACUUUCUGAAGCAUUGUACAUCGCUGACAGGAAGGCUAGGGAGUCUGUAGAAGCAAGAGCGCAGUUGGAGAAGAGGGUUGCUCAACAUAAGAAACUCGAACAGGAAGCUCGCAUGCGUGAAAUGGCCGCAAAAGCGCGACAGGAACGCGCUGGUAUCAGGAAAAGAGAUGAGGAUGAGGAUGAAGCUGUCAAAGCACGAGAGGAAGUUAGACGUGAUCGUCUCGAUGAUAUUCGCAAGGAGAGGAAUAUUGCGCGCAAUAGACCUGAUAAGGUCGAUAAGUUGAUGCGGGACCGCGAUCGCGAUAUUUCCGAGAAAAUUGUACUUGGUUUACCAGAUGCUAAAGUUCGAUCUAGUGAGACACAGUUUGAUCAGAGGCUUUUCGAUCAAAAUAAGGGACUGGACAGUGGAGCCAUGGAUGACGAAACCUACAAUCCUUACGACAAGGCGUGGCGUGGUGGUGAUAAUGUUCAGCAGCACAUAUACCGACCAAGUAAAAAUAUCGACAAGGACGUAUAUGGUGACGAUCUCGCGAUAAAAUUAUCAAUACGCAACGCUUUGCUUUGUUCCUGA